AUGUUGGAUGCAUUGAUCUCAACUUCGAGCUUUGAGAAAGGGGUGUUCUGGCUUUGCGCGCUCGUGCCUGCCUGUCUUUUUGCGAAUGCGUUGUACAACCUAUACUUGCACCCCAAUUUGGUCCUAUUCUGUGACCCAGAAGCUCAUGCGGCUAUCUAUGGCAUGAAGUCCAAUGUUCGACGGAGUACAUUCUACGUGGGAUUGACCAAAAACAUCCGCGAAAAAACAACUUUAAACGCUAUAGACCCCGCAGAACAUGCCCAGAGACGUAAAAUACUCAACAGAUGCUUUACUGAUCAGUCCACAACAGCUGUUUCCACUUUUGUAAGUCAGCAUAUCGACCGCUGGCACGAAAUUCUCUUGGACAAACACAAUAGCACGACGGAGUGGUCCACUUCUACAAAUCUUGUAGAACAGUUAGAUCACCUUGUGUUUGACAUUAUGGGUGACCUCUGCUUUGGCAGAUCCUUUAAUAAUAAGGAACCUGGCGAUAACCCUCUGAAGGAGGUGCCACAAAACAUCAUCCAAUACCUGAAGUUUUACUAUCCGAUGUGCCGCUCGCCUUUCUUAAGUUUGAUCAUCUGGCUGAAACCUCGAGGCUUGGAUCGACUUGUUGAGCUCAUCACUCCGCCACCUGUACAAAAGUUUAACGACUUUGUCUUCGACAGUGUUACAAAACGACUUGAGCUCUACAAGAAGCAGGAGCACAUUCCCGAGCGUGAGCGUCGUCAGGAUAUGUUCUAUUUUUUGUGUAAUAGCCAAGAUUCAAGUACAGAACACGCAGCAUAUACCGAAGAUGAGCUUCGCGCAGAGGCCAGUCUACUGAUCAUUGCCGGUUCUCAUACUACAACUGCCAGCCUUGCUAGCAUCUUUUGGUAUCUUGUUAGAGCGCCAAGGUGUUAUGAAAUACUUGUUGACGAGCUACAAAAGACAUUCAAGACAGCUGAAGAUGUUGCAUACGGCCCAAAGCUUAUGGGUUGCACGUAUCUUCGGGCAUGUAUCGACGAAGGAAUGCGGCUUGUCCCUCCUGGGCCCUGCGAAUCUCCUCGAGAAGUCCUUGCUGGCGGUCUCAAUGUUCUAAACGACCAUUACCCCGCAGGGACUAUAGUUGGCACAGCUCCAUGGUGUGACUCCCUUAACCUGGAUGUCUAUGAAGAUCCGGGAGUUUUUAGACCUGAGCGCUGGGUCGUGGAUGAUGUUGCGGGAGUCACUAAGGCGAUGGUAGCCGAGAUUCGCACUAACUUCCACCCAUACUUGACUGGCCCAGGUAGCUGUGCCGGGAAAAACAUAGCACUGGCGGAAAUUCACCUCAUGGUAGCGAAGACAUUGCUUCGUUUAGAGCUGCGAAAAACACCUGGGUCGACCUUGGGGGAAGGCAGCCCUGAGAUGGCAUGGGGUGAGAGGAGCAGGAAACAUUUUCAGAUAGUAGAUGCUUAUAUCUCGGUCAAGCAAGGCCCAGAAGUUCAAUUCAGGAAAAGACCGGUUCCUGAAGCGAUAUCAGAUCGAGCAUGA